AUGGCGCCGCUCCCGGAGGACCGAGUGCAGCCGAAUCGCCCAUUCGCCAUCUCUGGAGUGGACUUUUGUGGCCCCUUUUAUUCGAAUUCAGAGGCUACACACUUGGAAGUCGUCGAAGACCUUUCAACGCAAUCGUUCAUAGCAGCCCUGAAGCGAUUUGUAAGCCUGAGGGGAAAGCCUCAAACGAUUUGGUCAGACAACGCAACGAACUUCGUGGGAGCCAAAAACGAGCUAAUUGAGCUUCGGCAGCUGUUUCUGAGCGAUCCUCAAAACAUUGAGCUAUGGAAUUCCCUUACGUCGAUGGAGAUCCGUUGGAAUUUCAUUCCACCUCGUUCCCCGCACUUUGGUGGCCUGUGGGAAGCCGCGGUCAAAUCCGCAAAAUAUCAUUUCGUCCGUGUUGUUGGAAAAUCAAUUCUCACAUUUCACGAGCUGCGCACUUUAGUUUGUCAAAUUGCCGUAAUUUUAAACUCACGACCGCUCUGUCCCAUUUCAGAAAACCCAGAUGACAUUAGUGUUCUUACUCCUGCACACUCUUUCAUUGGAUCUACAUUCACCGCAUUGGACGAGCCUUAUGUCACCCAUCUGAACAUCGAUCGCUUGAGCCGGUGGCAGCGCGUAUGCCAAAUGCAGCAAACCUUCUGGCGCAAAUGGAGCGCCGACUACCUUUCGCUGAUGCAGGAGCGGACCAAAUGGCGCCUUCCUGUGAGCAACGUACCGGCAGGCAGCAUGGUCCUCAUCAAGGAGGACAACAUACCCCCUUUGCGGUGGCGCCUCGGCAGAGUCGAGAGCACCGUCUCCGAAGAGGAUGGCGUCGAACGAGUUGCAGUCAUCCGAACCGACUCUGGACUGUGCAAGCGUGCAAUGAGGAAGCUUGCGGUACUGCCCCUAGAACCCACUUCACUUGGAAGCAAGACUCUUCCAACGGAGGGAGCAUGUCGAGAGCAGCCGCAGAAAUCAAUUUAA